AUGUCCUCCAACCACAACACUCAGGCCCCGCUGCCCUUCCGCUACCAAUUCAUGGCUGGCGCCAUCGCAGGCAUCUCGGAAUUAAUGGUCAUGUACCCUCUGGACGUCGUCAAGACCAGAAUGCAACUGCAAGUCUCCACCGGUGCUGCUGGUGCUUCCGCGACCCACUACAAGGGCGUCAUCGACUGUCUCUCGCAGAUCGUCAAGAAGGAGGGCCCCAUGCACAUGUACAAGGGGAUCUCGUCGCCUAUGUUGAUGGAGGCACCAAAGAGAGCUGUGAAAUUCGCCUCCAAUGAUGAAUUCAUCAAAUUAUGGAAAUCUGUUUUCGGAACAAAGCAAUUGACUCAACAGAUCUCUGUGUUGAGUGGGGCCUCCGCGGGGAUCACAGAGGCUCUCGUUAUUGUCCCUUUUGAACUGGUCAAGAUUAGAUUGCAAGAUGUCAAUUCCAAAUUCAAGGGCCCAGUGGAAGUCCUGAAGCAUAUUAUUAAACAGGAUGGUCUCAAGGGGUUGUAUAGUGGGGUGGAAUCCACUGUUUGGAGAAAUGCUGUGUGGAAUGCCGGGUAUUUUGGUGUCAUUUUCCAAGUGAGAGAAUUGUUACCAGUGGCAAAGAGUAAGCAGGAAAAGACUAGAAAUGAUCUUUGUGCUGGGUUCGUUGGGGGGACCUUUGGUGUCAUGUUUAAUACUCCAUUCGAUGUUGUGAAAUCAAGAAUUCAAAGUGAUGGGAACGAAAUUAUUAAUGGUGUAAGAAAAUAUAAUUGGACGUGGCCUUCAGUAAUGAAGAUAUAUCAUGAGGAAGGUUUUAGAGCUUUGUACAAGGGGUUCGUACCCAAAGUAUUGAGAUUGGGACCAGGUGGUGCGGUCCUAUUGGUCGUAUUCACAAACGUCAUGAACGUCUUUAGAGAAUUCCAUGAGGGAAGAUGA